AAAAGCCUAACGAACGUCCAUUCGGCCCAAAAGGGAAAACCGCAGUGCCACGUUACCCCUUCUUUCGCUGAACACGCGGUGAUCCAACCCAAGUCAGGAGAGCACUGGAACAGAAGUGAACUGGCGAAGUGAAGAGGGGAUUGGAUUGCCUCGGUAAAAAGAAAGGAUUUCCUUGGCUGUGUGGAAGGAGCGAGCUCUCGAAUCUGCGGCGCCUCGUUUCUUCGCCGACUCGAUCUGCAGCCGGCAUGGACGGGAAGAACUUGGGCAGUGGGCAACUAGCUCAACAAACUAAGCCAGAUGCCUUGACAGACGAUCAAGGGGCCCUGAAGCACACUGCAGAUUCUCACACCAGAAAUCCGACUUCAGUGAAUGGUCACAAUUCUGUAGAUAUGAACAUGGAAGCUGCGAUCUCAGCCGAUGAUGUCAUGCGAGCCGGCGGCUUCGGCGCCAAAGACGACAUCGGCAGCCUCCUGCCAACAGCGAUGGACUCCACCGACUUCGAGGCCUCGCUGCGGGACGCCCGCGACUAUGAAGGCGAGAAGGAGAAGCCAUCGCGGCCCGGGCUGGGUUACAGGGCAUCCGAAGCUGACACCGCAAGCAAGCUGUCGGACACGCCACCGCAGUGAUCCUGCUUUCUUGUGCAACUUCUGUUUCAGAAAGACAAAGCACGCCAUCCAUGUUUCUGUAGUUUUCCAGCAUCUGUUGUGCUUCAGUUGGUAGCCCUGACAUCUUGUUGUUUUGGUGCUGGAUGAAUAUGAGUUUAUGAACACACGAGUUAUGCGAAAGUUUGGUUUUAUUUGGUGUUGUGUUGCCCCUGAUGGUUACAGUUUAUAUUGUUAUCCCUUUGGUCAGAACUCAACCUUUUGUUUUGAAAAACAGGGGAUUCUCCAGCCUAGACAAAUAAGCAAGUUUUUAGUGUUUACCUUAUAAGCUCACUGGAACUAUGUAGAGGUGCAAAUGAGUGAUUCCAAAUUGUAUUUAUGGGCCAUGUGUUAUUGAUUUCA